AUUUCACAUAUAUUCAAGCAAGGAAUAAUACUAAAUACUAGUUAAAGUUUUUUGUGUUUUAAUUUUCACAAUGUCUACAUUCAUAGAAAAUGUACAUAUAAAAGAUGGAGAGUAUACGAAAACAAUAUAUUCGAUGAUAAAAGAACAGCGAUAUACCGAAACUAUUAAAGUUCUGCUAAAUCUUUUAGAUUCCCAUCCUGAAUCUAGACCAUGUCUAUCCCUUCUGGCUCAUUGUUACUUUUACACACAAGAUUUCUUAGCUGCAGCUCAAUGUUAUGAGAAACUGGUCCAGUUAUGUGCAGAAGAAAAUCUGUACAAGCUUUACUAUGCCCAAUCGUUGCAUCAAGCUUGCAUGUAUCAGGAAGCAUGGAUGGUCUGUUCAAGUAUUAUCAAUCAAAGUAACUUAGAGUUCAAAGUGAAGAAACUGCAGUCAGCUAUAAAAUAUGGGCAGGAAGAUAUGGUUGCUGCGAAAAAUCUUGUUGAUCAAUGUCCUGCCGAUGAUGUCGAUACAGAAAUAAAUCUGGGGUGUCUUUUGUACAAGGAAGAGCAAUACGAGCAGGCUCUCAAGAAAUUUUCAAAUGCGUUACAAAUCGCAGGUUUCAAACCUCAUCUAUCAUACAAUGUUGCCCUUUGCUAUUUCAAGCUGAAAGAGUACGCAGCAUCAUUGAAACAUAUAGCUACUAUUAUCGAACAUGGUAUAAGAGAACACCCAGAGCUAAGUGUGGGAAUGGCUACUGAGGGUAUCGAAGUUCGAAGUGUCGGAAAUACACUGACUUUGCACGAAACAGCUCUGACAGAGGCGUUCAACCUGAAAGCCGCCAUAGAAUAUCAAUUGCAAAAUUAUGAUGCGGCGAAAGAGGCAUUAACGGAUAUGCCACCGCGUUCUGAGGAAGAACUCGAUGCUGUUACUUUACAUAAUCAAGCAUUAAUAAAUAUGGACACAAAACCGAGUGAGGGAUUCGAGAAACUGCAAUUUCUGCUGCAGCAGAAUCCAUUCCCACCUGAGACUUUUGCCAAUUUGUUACUUUUGUACUGUAAAUAUCAGUACUAUGAUCUAGCUGCUGAUGUUUUAGCUGAGAAUGUACAUCUAACUUACAAAUAUUUGACACCAUACUUGUACGAUUUUCUGGAUGCGCUAAUAACGCAACAAACUUCGCCGGAGGAGGCUUAUCGCAAAUUCGACGAUCUCGCUAAUAAACAUACGGAAGCAUUGCGCAAAGCGACUAAGCAAGUUCAAGAAGCGAGAUUGAACCACGACGAUAAUGCUGUCAAGAAGGCCGUGAACGACUACGAGGAGGCUUUGGACAGAUAUGUUCCCGUUCUAAUGGCACAAGCGAAAAUUUAUUGGGAUCUAGAGAAUUAUACUCAAGUGGAAAAGAUCUUUAAAAAGAGUGUCGAGUUUUGUAAUGAAAACGACAUAUGGAAAUUGAAUGUAGCGCACACACUUUUCAUGCAGGAGAAUAAAUUCAAGGACGCGACCCGUUUCUACGAACCGAUUGUCAAAAAAAAAUUUGAUAAUAUUUUAGAUGUAAGCGCUAUAGUUCUUGCAAACUUAUGCGUCAGCUAUAUUAUGACUUCGCAAAACGCGGAAGCCGAGGAGCUGAUGAAGAAGAUCGAGAAGGAAGAGGAGGCGGUGUCGUUCGAGGAUCAGGAUAAGAAACUCUUUCAUUUGUGCAUCGUAAACUUGGUAAUCGGUACGCUGUAUUGUUCCAAGGGCAAUUACGAGUUCGGCAUAUCUCGAGUAAUGAAGAGUCUGGAGCCGUACAAUAAAAAACUCGGCACCGAUACUUGGUUCUACGCGAAGAGAUGCUUCUUAUCGCUCCUGGAACAAUUGGCGAAACAGCUGGUAGUCCUGAAAGAUUCUACGUUGCAAGAAUGCAUUCAGUUUUUGGAGCAUUGCGAAGUUUACGGUAAAGAUAUAAUGACAGUGAUUGAUCAGCCGUUCGAUAUACAGGAUAUGCUCAAUGUUUCACCUCAAAGCAAACGAACGGUCGUUUACGAGGCGCGAUAUCUGAAAGCGUUAUUUUUGCAAUUACAAAUAUCUUAGAUGCAUAAAAGAAGAUAUCAAUAUGUAUGUAUAUGUAUAUAUUAUUGUAUGUAUAUAAAUAUAUAUUAAAUAAUUUGCCUUUAUUAUAUAA